AUGUUACAACACCUUCGAAAAGUGAAUCAACAAGUCUGGAUUGCUUUGGGAAGUGUAACCAUCAUUGGCGCGAGCUCUUAUCCUGUUUUCUUCAAAGAAACUAGGCCUGGACACGACAUCUUCAGUUCCGAAAAGCCAGAAGCCAUUCGUGUCGCUCAAGACGAGAGACGUAACGAAUACCGCCGUUUGAUCAAGGAACAAAGAAAGGAACAAGAAGCUGAGCAACAAGCUGUUCAGCGGAAGCUCCAAGAGCAACAAUAG